AUACAACUCUGUCUUUGUUAGUUGCAUUUGACAUGCGUAAAAACCCCAAACGGAAUGGAUGGUCGAAUGCGCUUAAUUUAUAUAAAUUGUUAUACCGGAAAAGGCUGAAAACUACGGUAAACGGAAGGCAAUUGACUUCUAACUGCUUGGAUUUUAGAAACUAAGCUGAACGUCUUGGCGUAUUUUGAAGUAUAUUUUCGAUAAGGUAGUGAAGUACUUACGUAAUAUUGGUUUGUCCUACAAAGUGAGCAAUUGUUCACUAUAAAAUUGAUAAAAGAUGAGUCGCAUUGAUGUGGACAAACCCUUGUAUGAUGUCAAUACCUUUCUGGGACGUUUUCGGCAUUUUGCAUGGAUGAGCGAUCCACGCACUUGCAUUUUGUCCGAUGAUAAAUUGCGUCAAGCUAAAACGUUAAUAGAGCAAUAUCGCAAAGGGCAAGAACCUCCCGGUACUACAUCGGAUCAAGUUAAAUAUGCCAUGAAGUUGUAUAGUUCAGCCUUUCAUCCUGAUUCCGGUGAGCUGCAAAAUUUCGCCGGACGUAUGAGCUUUCAGAUGCCCGGCGGUAUGAUAAUCACUGGAGCUAUGUUGGCUUUUUAUCGUACUGUGCCUGAAAUUGUCUUCUGUCAAUUUAUUAAUCAGUCGUUUAACGCUCUGGUUAAUUACACGAAUCGUAACGCUAAUUCGCCUACUUCGGUCGCUCAACUAGGCGUAGCUUAUGUUUCGGCUACGUCUUCAGCUCUCGUAGCGGCCUUAGGCUGUAAAAGUUAUUGGACCAAAAGGGCUCCUCCCAUUUUUCAGCGUUAUGUACCUUUCGCGGCAGUGGCUGUAGCCAAUUGUGUUAAUAUACCGUUAAUGAGGCAGAACGAAAUUGCUAAAGGCAUAGAAGUGACUGAUGAAAACGGCAAUGCCGUAGGCCGAAGUCGCCUGGCCGCUGUGAAGGGUAUAAGCCAGGUGGUAAUGUCGCGUAUAACGAUGUGUGCACCAGGCAUGUUACUGCUACCUAUACUUAUGGAGAAAGUCGAAAAGGCAUAUCCGGCCUACAAACGUAUGAAAUGGCUAGAUGCGUCCGUACAAACUUGCAUGGUGGGAUGUUUCUUAUUAUUCAUGGUACCAACUGCUUGCGCACUAUUUCCUCAGAUAUGUUCAUUGAAAACUUCGACUAUGAAACGUUUUGAACCGGCAUUGUAUGAGGAAAUGGUCGAGAAAAAUAAAGGCAAAGUACCAGAAAAGAUAUACUUUAACAAGGGUUUGUAAACGAAGACUACUGCAUAACAAAUACAUAUGCAAAAGACAAUAAUUUAAUCGAGCGUCAAAAGUAAUAUUAUGUUUAGAGAGCAUUUACGUUUAAAAAAUGUAACAAAAAUUAUUUAUUUAUUAAAAAGUGUUUUUUUUUUUCGGCGUAUUAAAAAAUAGUAU